AUGCGCAGACGCGUCGAGCGCUCAAUGAAAGCUGGCUAAUUUGCUAGUGUCGUCUUGCUCGCCCGAGUAGGCGCCGUGUUGUUUGCGUCUUCGUUUCUAUCGUAACGCGAACUGCAGAAUGAGCAAAUCCAGUUAUAAAUCGGUCGGCGGUGGAAGCACGGAGGAACUCGAUAAGGUUGACAUGUCUUUAGAUGAUAUUAUCCGACUGAAUAAAAAGCAGAACCAGUACCAGGGCCGGACGUCAAAGCGCAGUCUCCCGGUGAAAGGUCGCUUCACUCAGGGGAAGAAAACGGGCCCAAGAGCUGCAGUGCCAUCUAAAAGAGGAAGUGUUGUGAACAAACGCUUCGCUCGAAACCGCAAACUUCCUCCCACGGCGGUCAGGCGUCGCGGGCAGGGGGUCAUCACUGGUUUAGCUGCGAGAAAAAACGCCGCCCUGUUUAAAGGAAUCAGUCCGCUCAACCGACCCGUCCAGAACCGGCCCGUCCAGAACCGACCCGCUCAGAACCGACCUGCUCAGAACCGACCCGCUCAGAACCGACCCGUCCAGAUCCGACAGAUUCCCAGCAGUGCAGCGGUCACCCAGAGAUCUCCGGCGUUUUUCCAGCGGAGGCAGAGACCGGUGCAGAUCCAGAGGAGACCGAACAGACCGAUGGACUCUCAGAAACCUCAGGGCGCAGUUUCUUACAGACCUUUUCGGCUCCACAGAAAAUGGAAUACUCCGACCGCUCAGCAAACACAGAGAGAAGCACGACAGGCCACCUUCCUCUUCAGAAGAGGACUCAAAGUUCAUACACAAGUUCAGAAGACAAAGUCUGCUCAGCCCACACAGAGAACGCGCUCGUGGCGCACUCCUACAAACAACAGCGGCAUCCUCACCGUCUCGAUAGACAACCCCACAGCUAGAACACAGCCUGAGCCCGCUCAGUCCUGGUCCCUGCACCCCGUGACCCCGGCGCGCUCCUCGCCUCCUCGAGAGGAACCGGAGAGGAAACCUCCGAAAGGGGUCGCCCUGCAGUUUGAUAUCAACAGUGUUGGGAAGCAGACUGGAAUGACCCUCAACGAGCGCUUCCGGAUCCUGAAGGAUCAGCGUGUGGCGGCAGUGCAGCAGAGCAGCAAAGGAGGCCGCUUCGUGACGGUGGCCUAGAGCUGAACUAACUCUGUUCACCUGACGGAGGAGACUUCGUCAGAAAGUGGAUAAUGCUGGCUUCUCUGGACUGAUUUUCUGUUUAUUUUUCGAGAAAGCUGCCAUUCUGUCCUCACUAAGCGAGUAUCAACUGUUGUCCCUGAGUUUCGGUUACAUUGUCGUCUCCAGAGCCGCCCUUGGUGUGUGAUGGCGUCCUGUUUUUGGUUUGUUUUUUUAUAAAUAUAUGCAUAAAGUAGCAGCUCUAUGACUUUAAACAUUUCUGGAUAGACUUGGUUUUUCAUAAAGCAGCUGUGUGAAACGGAACAAUCUUUUUGUAGAGCAAAAAAGACUGUUUUAAGAUGUUUUAUAUUAUUUCCAUUAAAAAAACAUUGUGCGACA